GAAUGACUCACGGAAGCCGCAUGUCUGCCAACAUGCUUAACACACGUGUAAGCAACUAGAGAAUAGGCAUAUUAGCACUCGACGUAAGACCUCCCCUGGCCUUUGUGUCGCUAUUUCCUCCUCCCCUCUUGCUGCCCCUUCACGAGACGAACAGACAUGUCCCGCGACACCCUACAGCAAAUGAUCCAGCCACAGAAUAUCUAUGCGCGUUGCGCAUCUGGUGGACCGAGCUACAGCUCGGAUGGGGUGGCCAUGUCAUCAAGACGCUUAUCCUUAAACUGCCCGAAUUGCAGGGCCUCCGUCCUCAAUAUCCCUGAAGACAUUCUUGAAGUCGAAGAAGGGACAUUUCCUGAGCCUCCGAAAGUCAGGCGGUGGGCUAAGCGCCCUACCUUCAUUUCUCGACCGCUCAAUCGCAAAGAGUCGGACUCGUCGACAAUACCAGGCCCAGGAAGCUCUAUUCGAGGCCUUGACAUUGACGGGGCCACUCCGAAGCAUCUCAGACGCUCAUCAGUCUCGUCAGAGGCUGCAUCUGAUUCGUCGAGCCAGACGAAAGUUGAGCCUCCACCUCCGCCUCGUUCGAUUCUCACCCACUCGCCCUCCGUCUCGAGCGGAAAAAGUGGGAAGAGCACGCUCACUGCGAAGCGUUCCGUCAAGUUCUGUGACGAACCGGUGUAUUACGACUACUCAUAUCGCUUCUCCAAAUUCUGCACCUGUGCACAUCCACCGCACCACGCUCCGUUCUGCAAACUCCCGUACGACUGUAACGGCGAGUGCUUGUACGAAGAUUAUAGCUUCUGUGGAUACGACGACGACAUGUUCUCGUUUGAACUCCCCGAGGAGAUACCGUCAGAGGCGCGUUGGGGCGUUUUUAGCCGAUUUAUUGCUUGGUUUAGACGAUUCACUGGCGGGCGCAUGUACACUAUCGACGCGGAGAAGAGACGGCCCGUCAUUUCACGUCCACAGCCACUGACGCCCCGCCCAUGUCGUGUUGACGUAGCUCGGGAAAAGAAGAGCCAGCGAAAAAUGAGGAAGAGGAGACCGAAUCCUCCCCGGACAGUUUACGGAUAAAUUAUGCCCUAGCACUGACGACCCCCCCUUCUCAUGAUCACGCUCAACCGUUAUUCACCGUAUCCCCUACGCGGUAUUCCUUCACGUAUCCUACCAUGUUCGCAAACACAUUGCCCACAAAAAACGAAUGCGUAACGAAUGCAUGUCUUCACUCUCGAAAAACCUUACGUUUCAUUGUUCUUCAAGAGUGUACGACGUAAUCGAGCCGGCUCGAUAGUGGCGCAAGGCCAGAUCCUUGCUUCGCACGGAUUUUAUGUUCCCCCAGGACUAGCACUUGUUCCUCGUCCUUAUGAGCACUUGAUGUACGUUGUAUGGAGUUGCAUAUGCUACAUGUGUACGAUUAGAUCAAUUAUCGUCCCGACUCCUCUUUGCCUUGACUUUUUCAGCAGCUACUUUGCUUUUUUCCCUUCUUGUUGCUGUAGUCGUAUGUUCAGACGCGUGUACGCUUCAUAAUGACAUGAC